GCCCAGCCCAGCCCUGCUGACAGACCGUGUCGCUGGGGCUGGCAGCCUGUCCUACAGGCCCUGCACAGUUUCCGUGGUCCCCGCAGUGGGGACUUGUUCCCCGCCCUCUGCAAUGCCCUGCUCCCCGCUGCAGUCCUGGUGCAGAACCUGCACCUCUGCGAGGGCUACGUGGGCCCUGAUGGCCGCUCCCACCCCGGCUUCUACUGCCCGCGGCUGACGGACCCCCCCGGCCACCGCUACUGCUGCCAGCCCAGCCUGGACGCCCUCAAGUUCUGCUGCUCUCAGCUGGCGCUGGAAGCCCUCACUGGAGUGAACCUCUCCAGCCUGGCUAGCCCCGGUCUGCUCCGGAACCCGCUGGCCCUGCCUUUCGUGGGGCUCUAUGGGCUCCUUGUCCUCCUGCUUAUGGCCGUCGACCUCUGCCACUUCUGCUGGACCCGACGGUGCCACCUGAGCCGCCUGCUGCCCCGUGCCUGUCGCGGGCCCCGCGGAGCCCCGCGGGGACACCCGGCCCGCAGCCGGCCCUCCCGCCGUGCCCCCGGACUGACGCGCCCCAGCCAGGGCUGCUGA